UACAACUGGAGAAUUAUGAAUUGCUACCUGUACAGAAAAACAAAAUUAAAUCAAAUGUGGUAAUUUACAAGCUGUAAAUUUAUUGGAAAUUGCAGGAAUAUUAUAAAAAUAUCUUAACAAAUUUAAUUAAUAUAAUUACUAUGUCUACGCAAAAUAAUACAAGUUCCGAUGUUCCAACAAAGUCAAAACGACCUAUUGACUCUGCAUUUAAACAACAAAGAUUACCAGCAUGGCAACCUGUGUUGACAGCUGGAACCGUUUUGCCAACAUUUUUUAUCAUCGGAAUUGCAUUUAUUCCUGUAGGUGUAGCGUUGCUUUACUUUUCUGAUCAAGUAAGCGAAAAAAUAAUAGAUUAUACGCAUUGUAAUUCUUCGGAUCAUGUUGGUGUUAGUUGUGCUCAAAUUUUACAACAGAAUCAAGGGAAAGAUGAUUGUACCUGUGAUAUUCCUUUUGUUUUAGAUAAAGAUUUUUUGGGAAAUGUUUAUAUGUACUAUGGAUUGAGUAAUUAUUAUCAAAAUCAUCGCCGAUACGUAAAAUCUAGAGACGACGAACAAUUACUUGGAAGGCUUUCGGAUACAGUUUCUUCAGAUUGUGCACCUUUUGAUAAAGUGAAUGGGAAAAAUAUUGCACCAUGUGGAGCUAUUGCAAACUCUUUGUUUAAUGAUACAUUACAAAUAAAACAUGCUGAGCAUGGUGAGGUUCCACUGCUCAAUAAGGGCAUAGCAUGGCCUUCAGAUAAGAAUGUUAAAUUUAGAAAUCCACCUAAUUUAAAAGAAGCGUUAGCAAACUUUGAAAAACCCAUCUCUUGGAAAAAUAAUCUUUGGGAGUUGGAUAAGAAUGAUGAAGAUAAUAACGGUUUUCAGAAUGAAGAUUUUAUUGUUUGGAUGAGAACUGCUGCAUUACCAACAUUUAGAAAACUUUACAGACGGGUAAAUCAUCAGGGUAGUAGUAAAGUUUUUGCUAGUGGUUUAAUAAAAGGGAAUUAUACACUUACAGUUAAAUACCGUUAUCCCGUAACGCAAUUUGAUGGUAAAAAACGUAUGAUUCUUUCUACCACUUCUCUACUUGGCGGUAAAAAUCCAUUUUUGGGAAUCGCUUACAUCGUCGUAGGUUGUUUGUGUUUAGUUUUGGGAAUAGUUCUGUUAUUUAUUCACAUAAAAUGUAGCAAAAGCACCACAGAGAUGAUUAACGUCACUUCUAGAUCGAUUUAUUCUUAAAAAGGUUACAUCUUACUUCACAUUCGUAAACAAUCAUAUUAAACAAUAAAAAAAAAUUUUUUUUUUGAAUAAUUUUAAUAUGUAUAUGUAAUUAUUUUAGCUUUAUUUUUUUUUUCUAUUGGCAACUAAUAUGGAUUUUGUUUAAUUAGUUUUUAAGUCAUAAAAUAUUAUGCAUAAAUUUGUAUGUAAAUUUUUUUCGUUCAUAAUUUUUCAAUUGAAUUUUAAAACAUUUCAAAUUUUUCUUAUUUUAAUAAUAUUUUUCUUUUCUUUAUAAAAAUGAACAAGGCCAUUUUAACAAAACAAAUUGCGAAGCUGUUAAACUUCUAAACUAUAUAUUUUUUAAGCUGUAGGUUAUUUUGUUAUGAAAGUAUUUAAAUUUAUUUUUUCGAUUUUUAAUUCUUAACAAUAUGUAAAAUUAAGAAAAAUUAAAUAUUUUUACUAUGAAAAACUGUUAAUAUUAAAAAGCACUUAUAUAAUAAUAAAUUAUUGUCGGAUUUAACUUUAAAGAGGGAUAAAAAAAAGAUCCUUAUAGGAAUAAAAAAAAAAGAACCAAAGUUUUUUUUUACAUAAGUUUUAAAACUAUAUUUUUAGUUUUAUAGUGUUGUAAUAAUGAUAUUGAAAAAAAUAAAAUAAAA